GCUACGGAGCGGCGGCGGCCCUGGGGCUCCGCGGUUCUGGCGAUCCCGCAGGCACCUGGCUCGCGGUCAGUCACCCGUAGCGGGAAGAGCAGGGCGCGCCAUGGAAGCGCGGGGCGGCGCCGGGCGGCACAAAGCGAAGUGAGGCGGCCGGGCCGGGGUCGGCGGCCCCGCGGGCCAUGUACGGCGACGUGUUCAACGCCACGGGCGGCCCCGAAGCGGCGGUAGGCGGCGCGCUGGCCUUGGCAGCCACGGUCAAGGCGGAGGGCGCUUUGCCGCUGGAGCUGGCUACCGCGCGCGGAAUGCGGGACGGCGCGGCCGCCAAGCCCGACCUGCCUACCUACCUGCUGCUCUUCUUCCUGCUGCUGCUCUCCGUGGCGCUCGUCGUCCUCUUCAUCGGCUGCCAGCUGCGCCACUCGGCCUUCGCCGCGCUGCCCCACGACCGCUCGCUGCGGGACGCCCGCGCGCCCUGGAAGAUGCGGCCGGUGUAGCGGCGGAGC